UCCUAUAGACGACCUUUCCCCAACCAAGAUUCAUCAAAAACGAUCUUUUUCAAACAUAAUAAUGGUACAAGGGGCGUGUGGAAAUCAUCAGAUCAUCAUCUCUAUUCAACCUUGAAAAAUCAUCUUCUUGUUCAGUUGUUCAAGAUGGAGAUAGAGGGCUAUCAAGUGUUGCUUGUGUUUGGAGCUGUAGCUGCUGGUCUUGCUCUACUCGGCUACUUCACUCUGAACAAGAGUGGGCCCCCAAAGCCAAAGCCAGACAAGGGACCCAGGGCUCUCAAUCCAAGCCAAAAAAUUCCAAUGAAGCUAAUCGCCAAGAAAGAAAUCAGUCAUGAUACGAGAAAGUUCACGUUUGAGCUUCAGUCCCCAAAGCACGUACUAGGACUGCCAACUGGCAAUCACAUGUACCUGAGUGCUAGGAUCAACGGGGAGUUGGUCAGUCGACCCUACACACCUGUCUCCUCUGACGAUGAGCUUGGCUACUUUGAACUAGUCAUAAAGGUGUACUUUGCCAACGUGCACCCCAAGUACCCAGAUGGUGGGAAGAUGUCUCAAUACCUCGAGUCGCUCAGCCUCGGAGACACUGUGGAUGUGAGGGGGCCCUCUGGUAAAGUCACUUACCUCGGCCGUGGCUACCUUCAAGUUAAGCUCCCGGGGAAACCAGAACAGAUCCGCCAUUGCACUCAGUUGGGAUUCAUUGCUGGAGGGACUGGGGUCACUCCGAUGCUUCAGAUCAUCAUGGCUGUGCUCAAGGACCGAGAGGACACCACCAAGCUGUUCCUCCUCUUUGCCAACCAGACGGAGGAAGACAUUUUGUUGCGAAAUGAGCUGGAGACUCUGAGCAAAGAGAACCCAAACUUCUCUCUCUGGUACACUGUGGACAGACCCACUGAAGACUGGAAGUACAGCUCUGGGUUCGUGAGUACGGAGAUGAUAGCAGAGCACCUCCCUCCACCCACGGGGAAUAGCCAGAUUCUCAUGUGUGGACCACCCCCCAUGAUCAAGUUUGCCUGUCUACCCAACCUCGAGAAGCUGGGUUACAAGGAUGACUCUUAUGUAGCGUUUUGAGAACAUUUCUAGUGAUUAUUAGUUGACAUUAGUUGACUUGGAUUGCCUACAAAAAUACUUUAAUUAAAAAAAUUG